AUGAAGAUCCUCUGUAUCCAUGGCUCGUAUGGCAGCGCAUCUGCCUUUCGCACCCAGCUCGAACCCUUUCUCGCCCAGAUAGAGAAGCCUGGGGAGGUGGAUUUCAAAUUCAUCGACGGCCUCUAUCCUGCCGUGCCUCCAGAUGGCUUUCAGGACUACUUUGGCCCGCCACCUCACUUCCUCAACGUUCAAUACGACGGUAUUGCUGGCUUAGAGAACAUGCAAUUGAACCUGCGUACACUCAAACCAGGAGAAAGCUUCGAAGACACAAUAAAGAGGCUUAUCAAAAAUGAUGCCACAGUCGUGUCUAAAGAAGAAUAUAUGAAGACCCUCGACUACAUUGAGCAGUGCCUGGUCGAGGAUCCAGAAAUUCAGGGAAUUCUUGGUUACUCCGAAGGUGCUACGACUGCUGCAACAUAUUUGUUACAGCAGGCACACCGGCACCGAGACGAAGGCAUCCCACACAGGGUCAAGUUUGGCAUCUUCUUCGGGGGCUGGCCGCCUGCAAAGUUCGAAGGUGACCGCCUUGCGCCCGUCCUACCCGAGGACGAUGAUAUGAUUGAUAUCCCAACAUGCCACAUUGUCGGCUGUAGCGACCCCUAUCUUUACGGCGCCAUGACCCUGUUUCAGGUCUGCGAUGAAGAGACAGCCACCCUAUUCGAUCAUGGCAAGGGUCAUUUGCUGCCUCGAGAUCCCAUGACCAUUGCCGAGUUAUCAGAAUGCAUCAACACAACUCUCAAGCAGGCAGGUUUCCUUAACUAG